CACCCUUCAAACACAAGUCUGCCGCUGUAAGCACGUCGCAUACAAGAUUUGCAGAGCGCGGGAUACGUCAGUUCUGUAUAUUCAUUGGAGGGAUUUUCCCGCAUUCCCAGCAUCUUAGCAAACUCCACCGUACUACAGACUCGAUCUCUACCUCCAACUCUCCAAGUCUACCUGUUUCCAUUUCUCUUCCUCUGUAAGUCUGUAUCAUCUCACUUUUGUCCGCACUCCAUGGAAGACGACGAACCAAUGCCUUCAGAGAGGGUGACGCGCCGCUCGAAGCGGCUUAAGGUUCAGAUUAGGGCUAACGACACUCAUGAGCCGAGCUUGAACGAGGAAGAAAUAGAAGCAUCCAAUGACGACUUUGAAGAAUCCCGACCUCCUGCUAAGCGAAACAAAGCUACUGCAAGCACUUCUGCAGCAACCCCCUUCACCCGACAUACGUUAAUCGAGGUCUUGAAAGGCAACAGUAGACAAAUCCCUGAAGUGGUAAAGAGUUGGGUUGAACAUUAUGAGAAGGAACCUGAAUCUGCAAAAGUUGAACUUCUAAUGAUGAUACUCGAGGCAUGUGGUGCCAAGUAUCAUAUCGACAAGGAGUCCUUGGAUCAGACUAAUGUUGAUGAUGUAGUUGUUGCGCUUGUUAACAUGGCUAAGAGAGGUGAAGUGGAAGAUUACCAAAGCUUGAAAAAAAAGGAGUUUAAGAAUUUAAAAGAUAACCUCGCCUCCUUCUGGGAUAAUUUUGUUUGUGAGUGUCAAAAUGGACCACUUUUUGACGGUGACUUGUUUGACUGGUGCACUGACUACAUAAUUGCAUUGUCAUGCACUCCCCCUAGAUUUUAUCGACAAAUUGCCUCCUUGAUGGGGCUACAGCUUGUCACGUCCUUCAUAAAUGUUGCCAAAAUGCUUGGUUCACAGCGAGAAACUACUCAGAGACAGCUAAUUGCAGAAAAAAAGAAAGCAGCUGAUGGUCCCCGUGUAAAAUCACUAGAAAAGAGGUUAACUGUGAGUCAUGAAAAAAUCACAGUGAUAGAAGAGAUGAUGCGAAAGAUAUUUAAGGGGUUAUUUGUGCACCGGUACCGUGACGUUGGGUCUGAUAUCAGAUUGCUAUGCAUAGAGUCAUUGGGUGAUUGGAUACGGGAAUACCCUUCAUUGUUUUUGCAGGAUUUGUAUUUGAAAUACCUUGGGUGGACAUUGAAUGAUAAAAAUGAAGGGGUGAGGAAGACGUCUGUCCUUGCGUUGCAGGAACUGUAUAAAGUUGAUGAUAAUGUUCCAUCCCUUAGCCUUUUUACAGAAAGAUUUUACAAAAGGAUGAUUGAGCUUGCUGAUGACAAUGAUAUAUCAGUGGCUGUAUGCGGCAUAGGACUUGUAACCCAACUGCUCCGACUUCAACUUAUUCCUGAUGAGGAUUUAGGUGCACUAUACGACUUAUUAAUUGACGAGCCACCUGAAAUCAGGCGUGCGAUUGGAGCUCUUGUGUAUGAUCAUUUGAUCGCCCAGUCUAGCCAAGCAGGAAAUAGUAAAGAAUCUUCCAAGAUCCUACUUGGUAGAAUGUUACACAUAUUGAAAGAGUUUUCAUCUGACGAAAUGUUGAUUGCCUAUGUUAUUGAUGCUAUCUGGGAUUACAUGGAUGCCAUGAAAGAUUGGAAGUGCAUCAUAUCACUGCUUCUUGAGGAAGACACAUCGGUUGAGCUUAGUGAUGCAGAUGCAACUAACCUGAUUCGGCUGCUUUCUGCAUCUAUAAAAAAGGCAGUUGGAGAGAAAAUUGUCCCCGCUACUGAUAAUAAAAAGCAGCAUUAUAAUAAAGCACAAAGAGAAACCAUUGAAUCCAACAGGCAGGCCAUUACACAAAUCAUGAUGAAAAGUUAUCCACUGCUACUACGAAAAUUUAUGGUUGAUCAAAUAAAAUUGCCAUAUUUACUGCAAAUUAUUGAUCAUAUGAACUUAGAGCUUUAUUCUCUUAAGAGUCAAAAUCAGAAUUUCACCUCUACUCUUACACUUCUGAAAGAUGCAUUCUUCAAGUAUGGUGAAAAGGAUGUCUUGAGAUCUUUUGUUAGAGCCAUCAACUACUGUGCUGCUGAGAGUAGAGGAGAGUUACAAGAUUUUGCUCAUAACCUGUUAAAGGAGAUUGAAAAUGAGCUUCUUGUCAAACUUAAAUCUGCAGUCAAAGAAGUUGCUGAUGGGGAUGAUGAGUAUUUACUACUUGUGAAUUUGAAGCGAUUGUAUGAACUUCAGUUAUCACGGGAAGUUUCUAUUGAAAGCUUGUAUGAAGAAUUUGUUCAUAUUCUUCAACAUUCUAGAAACAUUGAUAAUGAGGUCAUUUGCUUUCUGCUUCUGAACAUGCAUCUACAUAUUUGUUGGUGCCUGCACUCUAUAUUAAACUGUAAAAUAGUAACGGAGACUGUGAUAUCUUCCCUAAAGUUGAAGCGCAAUAACUUGUUUACACAACUAGAAUACUUUUUACAAACAUGUUGUGAAAUGUCUGGUGAAGCUAGAAGCAGGAAUUUGCUUGCAUGUAGGGUUUGCACUAUAAUCUCUGAACAGUGGUGUCUGUUCAGGAAGGCUAGAUUUGCUUCAACACCCCUUGAAACACUGGGAUUUCACCCAGACAGGGUCGCUCUUCAAAAGUUCUGGCAUGUUUGUGAAAAACAACUACAUAUAUCAGAUGAGACCGAAGAUGAUGAAGCUAAUAGAGAGUAUGUUGAAGAAACAAAUAGAGACACAAUCGUCCUUGCUGUUUGCAAGUUGGUUGCGCUUGAUGCAGUUCCUAAGGAAUAUCUAGGUGCAGAGAUAAUAUCUCAUUUUGCAAGUCAUGGUUCUGGUGUAUCUGAGGUUAUCAAGCAUCUAAUCACUGCAUUAAAGACUAAAGAUAAAAAAAUUGCAAGAAUCUUACUUGAGGCGUUGAAAAAGGCCCACAUGCGGCAUUUGAUAGCUCUUUCAUCCAGUGAAGCAGCAUCUGGCACAACGUUUCAAGAGUGUAAAGAUCUUGCUGCUCGACUUUCUGGAAUAUUUGCUGGUACUGCUCGCAACAAGGAUGGAUUGGAUGUUUUGGAUAUAGUCAAGGGGGGCAUUGAUUAUGCCUUCUUGGAUGUUCCAAAACAUUUGUCUUUCUUGGAUGGUAUAGUGCUGCAUUUCAUACCUAAGCUUCAGUUGCCUGACAUUCUAGACAUCUUGAAGGAUGUUGAAAGAAGAGCUGCAAAUGUGAAUACAAAUGAAGAUCCAAGUGGAUGGCGCCCCUAUUUAACAUUUGUAGAGACUGUCCGAGAGAAAUAUGCAAAAAUUGAAUGUUUCCAAGAUGAAAAAGAAGGUAUGUCUGUGAGACGCCGUGGGCGUCCUCGUAAGAACCUGAACUUGCAGGGAAACAAACUCUUUGACGAGCCUAGCUCUAGUGAAGAGGAGGAUUCCAUCAGUGGAUCUGAGCAGGAUGCAGACCAAGAAGAGGAGGAAGAGUCUUUAACACGUUCUACAAGAUCAGCAUCUAAAUUAACAUCCUUGAAUAUCUCCAGAGAGAGUAAAGGGUCACGCUAGCAAAUGUUAGGUACUCUAGUAAGUGCACUUCCCCUUGAGGGUGAAAAUGAUUAGGUACUAGUUUGCUCCUAACUCUAUAAUAAUUAAUUGCUUUUGUUUCAAUCUUAUUUUGUGUUUUGGGUGUGGCUUGUUUCAUGAAAGUUCAAUUUGUAGUUAUCAAAGAGGUUAUUUUGACAUGCUUGUCAAAUAUGAUUGACCCUAUGUACAUGUUAUAGACGUUGUCAUUAUGUAGUUGAGCCACCUGCUAUUAAUCCCACCUAUUGCACAUUUGCACAUAUGGUAUAGAAGUACGGAGUAUAAACUGAACCCAUAAAAGUGAUGCAUUUUGAAUGAUC